GGAGAGCGCCCCUCUCUCAGAUAAUGCCAGAAAGGGAUCCACAUCGAGGUGAAGUGCAACUUUAAUAUGCCACCUUAUAGCGAGCUGCCCCACCAACAAAAGCCCUCACAUCUCUUGAUGCCCAUCCUUCUUAUCGUCUCCAAUAUAAAUAAGCAAAUAACUGAACUAAAAUAUAUAUGUGUCUAUCCCGCAUGACAUGUCGCGUGCGGAGCAUGCCUGGGCACCUAAGCUGCCACGUGCACCGGGCCCUGGACAAUCCUCGAGAAGGAUGGACUGACCUAAUUCCCAGCCUCCUUUGGAAGCGGGCCCGACCUCCACAAGGACCGGCCAGGGUCGUCGGCGAGAGCGCCCCCGGCACGCCGCUCGGUCAUCAUGGAGAAACCGAGCAAGACGUGUCCCGUGGGCGACGCCUGCAUGCCAGUCCAGGGCGCCGAAGCUCCGCCGUUCGUCGAGGGAGACCAGGCGCUCCUGGUUCUGGACAAGGACAAACCGGCCGCGCUAGACAUGAAUGAACCCGGAUGUCCAAACCGAAAGCUCACAGAAAUACUCCCUGACGACAAGAUGGUCGAAUACCGUGGCGACGAUGAGAUCUCACCACUCUACAGAAGGUCCCCGGCUCAGCAGGACCGAUCUCCCGGGUACGAAGAAGUCGGCGACAAGGCGCGACCGCCGGUUUCUGUGGCCAGGCCGGGACACGAGCUCAGCCUGGACCCAACGAUAAUCAGGUUUAUCAGCAGCGACGCGGCCCUUGACGAAGGCUACAUGGUGAGUGAGCUGCUGAAGAAGGGCAGGCUGAAGAACUCCACUAUUACCGAGAAGGGACUCAUUCUGCAGGAGGGUGGUGAGGCGCAUUCCCAGAACCCUCAGGCCAAAAAGCAAAUAUCGGUGCUUCUGGAGGCGACUCAGAACAUCACACUGAGGUAUCAGGUUGUCGGCACCACGGGAAACACAACUGGCAACACUUUGGAGGACAAGUCAGAGUCUAGAGUGAGCAACAUCAUGCAACCUAGACAGAUGCGGGAAACGGCAGCGGACUUGGUCAGCAAGUCUCCACGAGCGCUGUCCAGCUCGGACGAGAUGCUAUAUUUCAAAGAGAAGGUCCGUACUGCGACUGGACCAGUGAUUGAAAGAAAGGGAGCUUCCUGUUCCAGGCUGCAUAUCGGUAACUGUAAGGUCACACCUUCAAGCGCAAACGGGUUGGAAAAAACGCUGCUUCACAAAAAGAUAUCAAAAUCGGCGCUCCCACCAGCCUACUCACCAUCGCAGCUCAACAUAAGCAAAGUGAAAUCCCAAAUUGCUGAGCUGACUCUGAAAAAAUCAUCGCAACUCUCUCAGGCUUCUUUUUGCCGAAGAAAGCUAGAGUCAGACAAUUUUAAGUCUUCGGGAACGGCGGACCAGCCAAACAUUAAACAAAUGUCGAAGAUCACGCAAAUCGUCAUCAGCAAAUUAAAACCUGCUACAAACUCAAGUCCCACAGAUAAUGUAAGCCAAAGCAAAGAGAUUGAACCAAAAAGUGAACAGCUGAUCAACGGUUCAAGGUCACGGGUAUCCCCAAAGGGAGAACUAACGAAGUCGAGCACGGACGACGAGCGUUACCUCCCUAGAAACUCGCGCGAGCGCCCGUCGCCUGGCAUUAAGGACAUGCCACUGCUGGAGGUACUCGAGAAGUCUGAGUUUCCGGUCUCUUCGACAGAGAAGGCAAAGCGCCGCGUGAAGCGCUACUACCGCCGCGAGGAAGACUUCUUUUCCGGCUCGCCAAGUUUAUCCAGCACAGAAAGCCUCGUGCAACUGGACCUAUCCAAUAUCCCGACCGAGACAAGCGAGCUAGCAGGCUACCAUUGUCAGAGGCAGGAAGCUUCGGGCGGCAGCGGAGCGGACAAUGUCGAGGAGUCGUCGACAUCCUGGUACUCUUUCGACAGCGAGAAUCGAGAAAGCCGUCGUUCUGAAGUUGCACUCUGCGACACAAAGGGAUCCGAAAGUUCUUGGCGGUCCUACAUGAAAGGUCACACCACUGCCCCCGAAUUAAACAUGUCUCGGCUCGCGAGUCUUUUCUCGGACGCAUUCGCUGAUGUUCAAAGAAUAAGCUGGGACCAGAACGAGGGGUCUCUGAGUGGUGCUAAAAAGGAGACCAGUUCUUCGGGUUCUACAUCUAGUCUGAACACUGUAGGCUCGUGUGACUCUGGAGAUGGAGAUACCAGUGCGGUUUCCCGGACUGAGACGGCGUUCGAUCGGGAAAAUGCCCCGAAUGAAAACGAGAAAAAUAACUUCAAGGCUUCCAGCCUUAUUCGUUAUUUUGAAAGCAUCCAAUGACUUACGCAGUCGAGCGAUGGUCACGCAGUAGCACAAAUUAUAAUCCGCUCAGUUGAUUUCCCUGUUAAGUUUUCGUAAACUGAGGCUUGAUGAAUAGAGGGCGGCUCUAGUCAUUUAGGCCUUGUAGCAGGCUUCUUUAGUAACGUCUAUACGCAUAGCUAGAUUUUAAAUUGUAAAAUAAUUAAAACCCAACAUACUG